CUCAGUGCGGCAGCGGACAGCCUCUGGCGGACAGUCCCAAGUCCCAACCCGACACGGUUGCAGACAGGGUACCAAUUGCGGUAGUGUAGCCGCAGAGCCAUUGCAGAUUGCAGACCUUGCAGAGAAAGUUUACUGUAAAAGGUCAAACCGAUGCAGUACUAAAUAAUCUCACUGGCUGACGCAAUCAUAGGUACACGUAUAGAGAGAAAUAAGACUGCUGAAUGGGCUGGCUCUAUUAAUUUUUUUAUCAAGUGAACAACUAGCCAGUGGCUGUAGGUAAAUAAAGCCUUUGUUGGCUUGUUGAUUGUCAAGACAAUAAUUUCGCGACGAAAACCAAGAGGAAACAAUACUCACGAUAUCGAUUUCAACCAUCAUGAAGAGCAAACAGGAAAAGGACAUGUGGGUGUUUGGCUAUGGCUCUUUAAUAUGGAAAGCAGACUUUCCCUAUGAAAAAAAAGUUGUCGGUCACAUUAAGGGAUAUGUGAGGAGGUUCUAUCAGAUGAGCACCGAUCACAGAGGAGUGCCUAGUCGUCCUGGUCGGGUGGUCACACUCCUUGCCUCCAGCAAUCCAAAAGAUGAAGUCUGGGGUUGUGCAUACAAAAUAGCUCCUGAAAACAUUGAAAGUGUGACACAGCACCUCGAUUAUCGGGAAAGAGGAGGUUACGAGAGGAAAAACGUUCUUUUUUAUCCAGUUAGCCAGUCACAGAUAGACAAAGAAGCCUUUCACAUGUACAUCUACAUCGGCCACGAAGAUAAUCCCAACUUUGCUGGAUAUGAGAAUAUUAGCACAAUAGCUGGGCACAUAGCAGAAUGCGCUGGAGCUAGUGGACACAACACCGAGUAUUUGUAUAAUUUGGCAGCAGCAAUGCGUGCUAUAGCGCCUAAAGUAUACGAUGCACAUUUGUAUGAAUUAGAAGAUGCUGUCAAGCAAAUAGAAUCAUUGAAAAAUAAAAAGGAAAAAACCUUGGAGUUUGAGCGACAUAAACGAAAUGUAACAGUUCAAUGAUUUUUGUAAUGAUAAACUUCUAAGAUUAAUUUAUGUCUUCGGCAAGACCAAGUAUUUAAACACAUGUGACUAGCGUGAUGAAAUUUAAUCUUCGGGAGAUAAAAAUUCGCCCAAGAAUUCAAGGCGUUUCUCGAAUUUUAAACAAAAAUUAGUGUAAUUAGGAAAAAAAAA